AUGCUGGGCCAGGUCCUCUGGGAGGAUGAACGUGUCUGUGUCUCCUUGCAGGAGGCAGAGCGGGAGCUGCUGGCACGGCUCCAGCCCGCGCUGGCUUCUGUGGGCCGAGGGUAUAGUGCAGCCCUUCUGCUCCGAGGGUGGGGAGCAGGGGCUCCCCGGCUGGUGCCUCAGCUGCUGCAGGCGCUGUUUGAGGAGGCUCUGCCCCUGCACCGCUCUGCGGGAGCGCGCAGUACUCUGAGCCUGGUGCAGAUCAGCCCCAGCGGGAGAACCCGGGACCUGCUCUCCGCAGGGAUGCAGGACCUGUCAGUACUGGAUGUGGCCCCUCUGGGUUUGGUAGUGGAAGAUGCCAGCGAAGUGGAGGUGUCUGACUCAAAAGCUGCCUCCGAGCUGUACUUGCAGGCUGCGGCGGGGGAGAGCUGAGACUGCCCUCUUCUUCGUGCACUGGCUGGCGAGGUUGCUGGGGAGGAAUCGGAGGGUUCUCUACUCUGGAUUGUUUCAUGGCUUCUGGAAGGAAACCACUACAGUGGCCUACUUCUUCGCCUGAAUCUCCAAGGAAGUCCCCUGACCGUGCUCCAGGCUGCUCUGUCGGGGGCCUCGGGAAGGAGGCUGCAGGCGAGGCAGGUGCAGCCCACCCUUUGGGAUGCAGUCGGAGAGGCCCAGGCCCGCCGGGCCAGCCUGAAGACGCUGCGUUUAGGCCUUCUUGGAGACACCUUAACAUGCGGCGGCCUUAACCAGCUAGGCAGGGCGCUACGAGAACUCCAGGUCAAAGGCAAGCCACUGAAGUAUUUUAAGCAAGGAGGACAACAUUUCUCCCAACUGUCAGCAGCAGGAAGCGCAUCACCUCUAGGGUCUGGGCUCCAUCAAAAGCAUCCUCUCAGAGAUUCCAAGGAACAGGCCAAGCAGACCCCAGACGUUGCCCUGCAGUUCUUCCUGGCCCAGGCCCAGAGGCAGAGACUGCUAAAGCAGCACCAAAUUUUAAUCCAAGAGGAGCGGAAGCGUUUGGAACAAGAGCAAGUGGCAGGUGAAGAGGUCGAAGGCCUGGUGACUGAAGAGGCCUAUGAGGAAAGACAGAGGUGGCACCGGGAGCAGACAGUGCUGAGACUCCAGGUAGAGUGUCUGCAGGCAGAGCGGGACGCUGCCGAACGGGACCUGCUGGCCCUCCAUGACCUGCACGUGCAAGCCACCCGGGCGCAGACGUGCCACAUGCUGCAGGUGUUCCGAGCCUGGCGAGGGCGAUGGGAGGAGAAGGCCACAACCGCAGAGCACCGUUACCGCAGCCUGCUGGCUACUGUCCUGCAAGAUGCCGUGGAUCUGGCUUCCCAGAAUGAGGAGCUCCGCGUCCAGAACCGGCAGCUCCAGCCAAGUCCAGGCCAGGCCAGGCCAGGCCAGCUGGAUUCCUGCCCUGGGGAUUAA